UAUCUAUUUCCCAUUCCACCUAGUGGUACCCUUGUCUGGGAGACUAGAUAUUAUCGUUUCUCGCCUUAAACUUGGCUAUCCGUCAUCGUCCAUCUACCCGUUCUUCUAUACUUGUGCUUGUGAUAAAUAUCCUGGGACCAUCGACUACCCAUCUCUGUUAUCAUGUCAAACGACCGGUCAACAUCUCCCAUCUCCGUACCACCCCCUUCAUCGCGCCAGCGUCGAGCAUCUCUGGCAUCCGGGAUUUCCUUUUCAGAUUAUCUUUCGAGAUCCGGGAGUCAAGGGGCUGCUGGUGCACCACCUAGCUCUAUGGCCAAUACGGUCGCUGGCAGUCAGCCGAAUCAUGGACGACGACUGUCGAUAACCACAUUGGGACUCUCUGGCUCCCCAACCCAAACUUCUCCCUUUGGGCCUCGACACAUCCGUCAUGGAAGUAUCUCUAGUUCCGUGGGAUCCAAUUCGGCAAACCCAGAGGAAGCCGUUGUGGAAGACAACGAAAAUGGACCUCCCAAUGCCACCCCUAGCUCUCCUUUCACUCGACGUCUCUCCUUUGGUGCGCAGGCAUUGCGUGAUGCCCGUGGAGGAAGCAUUGGUAAUGGUAGAUAUCCCUCUUCUGCAUCUCAGGCGGCUGGAGGGCGGCGCAAUUCGUCGUUAGCCAGCCCUCCCUCUGCCCCUAACCCCACAAACUCAACUGUUGCAAGUACAUACAAAGCCUUUCCCCAGAACGAUAGAUCUAACCCGUCUUGGCGACAAGUAGGCGAAGGCUUCAACUGGUCUGAGGCCUUGCGGACUCGGGCCGAGCGAGCGCCGUCUUUGGGCGUUGUAUCGCCUAAUUCACCUCAAAACCAGCAUGCAGUCAAUAUGGGCAACCAGAAUCACCAUCAGAGGGCUGCUUCGAUUGCCUCAAUGGAGCAGCCAGCUCGAGAGAUGCCAAAACAGCCCAAGCAGAAUAAGCCUGAUUUCUUUCAGGAAAAGAUUCUUCGGGGUGAUUUCAUGGACUAAAGAUGAGGGCUGUUUUCUUGAUUAUAUCAUCUUUGCCUAACUGGUGUUUCAUUUGUCGCCCCUUUCCUUCUUUCCCUUAUUCCAUGUUGUCUUCGCUAUGUGCGUCAGAAUUAUGCUUUAUUUCGUUGUACUUUUUUUUGUCCUUCCCUUUCGGGGAAAAGCACUGAAAAGCCGUGAGUUUCCUUGUCCAAAUCAGAAAAGA